AUGCAUAAUUUGCUCUGUUCCUUUUGUUGCGUGUUUGAGCAGAUGCAUAUGCUUACUCAAAGACAACCUAUAAAUCAUCCAGGAAACCAAAGGCGCGCCAGACUACUGGUUUUAGAGCUGGAACCACACAAAACAGGCCUAGUGGAGGCAGGAAAUCAGUCACCACUGGGAAGGAGGAAACCUAAGAACAGAUUCUUCAGGCGAUGGUUCAAUAUUCAGUUUUCUGCACUACAUUGGUUGGAGACAGAUGGACUACGGGAAGAUGGAAAGAAGAAACAUUUUGUUAAUAGUUAUCAACCUUCGAGUAGCCAACUCCCUACUCUCUCUCAUCUCCAUAUCGAAGAAAUAUUAAGGGGUGCAAAAAAGUUAAAUCAGAUCCUCCGAGGCUGCUCUAAUGGCUUCAACUUUGACAGAUACUCAAUAGAAAUUGGACGGGAACUGUUGAAAGGAGCAAUCGAUUUGGAGGAGUCUCUAAGGAUACUUGUAGACCUGCAGGAAGGUUCAGAGCACUUGAUAACACCACAGAGAAAAAGUCUGAUAACAUUGCCAGAAGAGGAUGAAGAUGAUGAUGAGAACACUGUCAAAAUAGCCGAUCAGAAGCAAUUGGAUAGGCCAAGAUUUUCUUUUGACAGACCCUCAAGAAAUUAUAAUGACAUUCAAGAAGUUGCAGGGACUGAUCUCAAGCUGAGGCUGAAAGUUCUAGCUGCCUCAAAUUCACAUUCUAACAAGCGAUCAGUUAGCUAUGGUCCAGACAUUAAAUCUAUAACUGCAUUCUCAGAACAAAAUCACUCAAGUUCGUUGCAGUCUAAACAAGAAAAGUCGAGAAUUCCAAAUGUAAUCACGAAACUGAUGGGGUUUAAUGAACUUCCAGGAAAUUUAGAUUCAAAGGUCACCACAAAGGAGUCUGGAAAGCAAAAAGUAGAAGGGAUAAUUACAAAGAAACCUGCUCGGGAAAGCACCAAGAAGGCUGAACAAAGGACAAAAGAUUCUGCAACCCUCGUUCUCCCACCAGUAAAAAAGAAGGCAACACUAGCCAGAAAUAUUCCAUUGAUUCAGGAUACAGUUAUAUCAAAAGCAGGAAAAACUUUGACAAAUAGAAAUGGUAGCACAAGGAUAUCUAUUCAUGACAAAUUACCACCUCAAAAGGGCUUGGAAGACAUAAAACUAGCAACAAGCUCGAGAAAGGCUGCCAUUAAGAUAGACAAACAACAAAAUGACAUCGCCCAAUUAAAUCACAACUCCGAAAGUAUAAAAGAUAUUCAGGAAAAGGGGAGAAAACAGGAUAGUAUAAAGCACAGGGAACAGAAAGCGCUGAAAGAAGUGAAAUCAAGGAACCAAUUUUCGAGGAGAUGA